AUGACGGCCCCCACGCACCUCGACCCCUCGGAACUCGGCACCAAAUCCUACUGGGACGCAGCCUACACGACGGAGCGCAAAAACUUUGCCGCCAACGCCUCGGACGAAGGCACAAUCUGGUUCAGCGACGCCGGCGCCGAGGAGCGCAUGCUCUUGUAUCUCGAUAAUCUCAGCGACGAGACGCUGCUGCACAAAGGUGAUGAGGACAGCAUAGGCAAGCAAGGCUCGCGGUUCCUCGACCUCGGGACAGGAAACGGGCAUUUGCUGUUUGCGCUCCGCGAGGACGAGUGGUAUGGCGCCAUGGUGGGCGUGGAUUACUCAGAGCAGAGCGUGACGCUUGCGAGCACGAUUCGCGAUGCAAAGGGCGAGGGGUAUGCCGAUAUUGCGUUUUACGAGUGGGAUAUCUUGUCGCAGGGUGCGGGGCCGUGGCUGGGCGAGGGCUUCGAUGUCGUGCUGGACAAGGGCACGUUUGAUGCCAUCUGCUUGUCUCAAGAGGAGGAUGCACAGGGACGCAGGAUAUGCGAGGGGUAUAGGGAGAAGGUGGAGCCGCUGGUGAAGAAGGGCGGCAUGUUCUUGAUUACAAGUUGUAAUUGGACAGAGGAGGAGUUGAAGGGCUGGCUUGAGGGGGGCUCGUUGAAAUUCGACGGCAAGGUCAUAUAUCCGAGUUUCACAUUUGGCGGCAAGACGGGGAGCAGUAUCGUCACACUGUGCUUCAAGAAGACAUAG